CCCGUGAAGGCAGCACCAAACCCUGCUGCCGUCAGGAGCAGAAGGAGGAGAAGGAAGGAGAUGGCCGACUAGGAGCCAACGUUACUGUUGCCACUUCGUUGACGAGAUUUCUUAGACACAACACAUCUGCACAGUUCGAGUGGGAAGAGGACGUUUUAAAUAUUUCGCUCCUCUUCCACAAUGGCAGAACAAAACAGCAACGUCAGAUAUCAAGAGCUGGUGAAUGAGGAUGAACCGGCACAGUCAUCCCAGGAGGGUCCUGCCCAGGACGCACCACCACCUUACAGCAGCAUUGCAGCAGCAAAUGCAGCUUUCUUUGAAUACAAGGAAGAUGGAGGAAGAUUUCCAAACCCUCCAUCCUACAGUGUUGCCACCACUUUGCCCUCCUAUGAUGAAGCUGAGCGGAGCAAAGAAGAGGCAGCCAUCCCCCUGGUCACUGGAAGAGUCACGGAGGACGACUUUGUGGCGAGGGAUGACUUUGAAGACGCGGACCAGCUGCGAAUAGGAAAUGACGGCAUCUUCAUGCUCACCUUCUUCAUGGCAUUCCUCUUCAACUGGAUCGGCUUCUUCUUGUCGUUCUGUUUGACCACAUCAGCCGCCGGCCGAUAUGGGGCCAUCUCUGGCUUUGGCCUGUCCCUCAUCAAAUGGGUUCUUAUUGUCAGGUUUUCUACCUACUUCCCUGGUUACUUUGAUGGACAGUACUGGUUGUGGUGGGUGUUCCUGGCCCUGGGCUUCAUGCUCUUCAUCAGAGGCUUUGUUAACUACUCCAGGGUGCGUAAACUGGCUGAUCCCGCCUACGCCACUCUUCCCCGAACAAGGGUGCUCUUCAUCUAUUAGAGGAUGUUGGAUGUGGCAGAACUGGGCGUGACCAACACAAGCAGCAACUCUGUGAGGAGUUUCACAUUUUAAGUGAAGACACUUAAACCAGAAAUCGACCAGACGAGUUAUAGAUGAAGACAACCUUCGAUAAAAUAUUCAGGAAUUAUAUCACUUGUUUUAUUUUGUUUUCAAUCUUUAUUAAUGGAAAAUGGUUAACAGUAAUAGUCCCUUGAUGUACUCAUUAGUGGCGAAUGUUAAGUGCUAUUUACAUCUCUGUUUGUAAUGUAUAAGUAAUGCCUUAUAUCAUUUGAAAGUAGCGUACGAGCAUGCAUCUGCCCUUAAGGUCAAUAAAUAGGGAGCGUCUCAUGUUGGUGACACUUGAAGCCAACAGGUAUUAAGUAGUACAACACUCUUGAUUUGCCACAGCAUGCAACACACUUUGUAAUCUGCACUAAUCAUGGUUUUAUUGUGAUUAUUAUAGGCUGUUUUUAGAUACCACAUACACUUAAAAAGCAAGCUUUCAUUAGGCUGUAAAUGCUGAUAUGCACAUAUUUCACUCACCUGUUGGCUUUAAGUAGUGUUGCCCUUUUGUUUAGCCAGGAGGGGGCAGUGUUGUCUGCUGCUUUUUAACUUGUUAGGAGCUGUUCAUGAAGGGCAUUGUCAUAAUAAAACGUACAUGCUUGUGAUUCAAAACGCAGUGUCAGUAGAGCACAUUAAAAUUACAUCUAUGUAUCAGAAGUUUGGAUUUUUGCCUGUUAGAUAUUUUGUUGUACAUUUAAAUCAGGUGAAACUAUCCACCCUGGAAAUAGAGUUUAGGUUACUAACAUGAUUUUAGAUGAUCCAGUUUAAGUCUUUUAAACAUGACCAAGCCAGAAACCAGACGGUCACAAAUGUCAAGUGACAAACCCCGGAGCCACUCGGGCCGACGAGGAAGGGAUGCAGAGGCUUUUGGUCAGUGACGGGCAGCAAACCAAGAUGAUUUAAAUGGCCGUGUGAGCACAUUUUCUGGUUCAUGUUCUCAAAAAGCUCACGUAGAUGUAACAGCAUGACCUUUCCAUGACUCGUCAGUGAGUCAGCAUCUCGUUGGUCGUCAUCGGAAAAGCUGUGAUUACAGAGAAGAGUCUGAGCCGUCUGAGUUUUAGAUGUUAACGAUCUCACUCAGACAUUUGGAUCAAAUUAUCUAAGAGCAUAAAAAUAACUCAAAUUCCAUUUUCAGGUGGUGUUUUUGCCUUAAGAUUUUAUUGACAGAUGGGGAAGGGAAAUCUGUACUUUGUUUUUCUCAUGAUUAAUACGGUCUACGAUGUUAGCUAUAUUGUGGGUAUCGAAACUAUAUCAAAGAAUGUUGUAUGCAGGUGCACUUUUAGCAACAUAACCAAUAAAACCCAGAGGGUGUUCCCAUCAUUACUUUAAAUCCCAGACAUAUAAAACAAGGAAUGGCUGGCGCAGUGGUUUGUGUUUUAUACUUUGGAAGAAACGACAUGAGGAUAAUGCAGGUUGUCAUGAUCCAAUCACUGUCUCCGCCUGGUCCAGCAAACUGAGCGGCCCAAUCCGUUAACUUCAUACUUCUGCCAUGGCUUUGAUACAGACCCAUUAUGCUUAAUUCUAUGUGAUGUAGAGAUGCAACCUUGGGGUUUUGUUGUUAUGAAACUGUACAGAGUAUGUUUAGUGUUAAAUAAAUGUCACUUUCAAUGCGUAA